AACGUCGCCGACUGCAGUCUGCAAGAUGCACUGCGGCUCAGUAGAACGUAGUUUUUUCUGCUGUUUAUUGGCUCUCGAUUAUUGUGUAGAUUUGUUGAAGUAUUUAAUUUUUUCGGUGGUUUUGUCUCGUCUAUAACAGUUAAACAUAAACAAAAAACAAUUAUAUACACCUACGACAAAUGACAAUCAAUUACUACGUAGUUAUACACAACGGUCAACGUCAAAUCUCCCGACGGCCGGCACUUGCUACUUACCACUAUCCGAAGACGCCAUUAUCGUUUUUAUAUCGUUGUUUGUUGUGGUUUGACCGGAGUAUAGAAAUUUUCCCGGAAAUCUCGUCGAACAAUGGCCAUGCAGUUUAAAUUCGACAGCAACAGCCACGUCGGCCAGGUGUUGAAGAUCAACAACACGUUAACAGCCGAAGGAUACGAGAACAACCACGAAUUGAGAAAUAAUUUGCGAUUGAUAAUUGACGAGAUUGGAAAAAGUUCAGCCAUCGCUCAACAUUUAGAGUUUCCGAUCACCAGUGCACAAAAGCUUCUUAAUUCUGAUCAUGUUAUUUACAUGAUGACUGAACAAAAUACACCAGCUAAUUUUGCUGUUAUUGGAUUUUUGAAGAUGGGAUGGAAAAAGUUGUUCAUUUACAACAAACAAGAUACUUGUUCUGAAACCUUGGUUUAUUGUAUGUUGGAUUUUUACAUCUAUGAGUCUAAACAGCGCCAAGGUUAUGGAAAGCGAUUAAUUGAAUAUAUGUUACAAGAUAUGAAAUUACAUGCCAGGCAUUUGGUUAUGGACAAGCCAACAACUAAUCUAUUGCAGUUUAUGUUGAAAAAUUUUCAACUAUCAAAAUUGGUAAACCAGGGAAACAAUUUUGCUAUAUAUGAGGAUUUCUUUGAUGAAUUUAAUGAAAACCAUGAUUAUACUGGAAACAGAACAUCAGGAUAUAACCGUCCACCAACAUUUGGACGCCAUGGGGCUCAUAAACAUCAUGAUUCAAUGGGUGAAAUUUUACAAAAUACAGGACCUUCUUCUUCUGUAAUGCACAACCAUAACAAUGAUUUUGUUCAUAACCAGUUCCAUGAAGUGAAACCGCAUACUGAAGAAGCUUUAGGCUCACUUCAAAUCAAUAAGUACGGUGACUAUGUGGAGCGAGAUCUUAAAUACCAUCACAGCUCUACAUAAUGCAAAAAACUAUUAAUUAAAGUUUAGAUUACUUAAUCCACAUUAAUACAAAAUUAUAGAUUCAAACAAUUGUACUCUAUACAUAGUAGGUUACAUUGACAUAUUGUAUUUAAAUAAUUACUUUUGGUAAUGGAACAAAAUAUUCAUUAUUUUUGUUUUUCUGAAUUAUUAAUUGCAUUUAUGUCAUUCUAUCUAAUUCAACUUACACAAUGUUUUAAUACAUUUUUUUACAUCAUACCUUUUUUAAUGCACUAUUAAUUAUUAUGAUGAUAAGCUUUACUUUAAUAUAUUAUAUUUACACUUCUUGAUAAUUAUAUGGACUUUUACAGUUA